AUGCCUGAGUCUCCAAGUGAGCUAGGUCAGAUACAAUCCCUUCGCCGUUCUCUCACCCUUCCCACCAAGUUAAACCCACUCGCGCAACGUCGCUCAAGCGUGCCGAAUACCCCCGAACAUGUAAUUUUCUAUCAUCCGUCUGCAAAAAUUGUGCAUUUUUCUCCAAGAGCACUUGCCCCUAUUCCUUCCAGUUCCGCACCGUCCGACUUCGACUACCCGGUUGAUACCAUCGAAACACUCCCUUGGCGCUCUGCGACUGAAAGAACGGUCGCAACAGCGCCACUGAGACUAGAAAAGGUCCAUGGCUCAACAGCUUUCUUGAAAUGUGGAAAUGUCGUCCAUGCGAUCCUAAAAAACUCCCAGUGUUGGUGUGUUGACGGGGUCUCGAAAUUUGUUUUACGGAUUCGCCCUCUUACAUACUAUCGCAUUGAAUUACCAUACGAGACGGAAGAUGACCAGAGUUUGGUGCGGAAUCUAAAGACUGCGUUGCCAACAGUGCUUCGGUAUGAGGUUACGCCAUGUCCUUUCAAACGUUCUUUCAGUGUCGAGCUCCCGAGCGACGCGAUAGCACCUCGGCGCAAAAAGGCCUGGCAGCCGAAAGCUCGGAGAGAAAGGGUACCGACUAUUUUAGAACCUCCACAAGAGACAUCGUCGCCCUCCUCAGCCAAAUUGGAUUGGAUCGAUUCCGCAAGCACUGGAGACGACACGGACGGAAACCUAACUGAUGACAGCUGUUUCACUUCAAACAAAGCGAACGGUACAAUUUUGGAGGCGAUUCCCGACGACCAGGGAUCCUCUCCUGUUGAGAGUUUGAGUCCUUCCCCACAUCUUGGGCCUUCUAAGCGCUCGAUGACUGAAACACCGCAAACUUUCACCAGCCUGCUUGCAAAAUUUGAGGCUACAACAGUCGCAGAGGAUGACCGUGAAUUUGAACCUGAGCUCAAGGCAGAAUGCGCAACCAAUACCGAUGCUGCACUUCAAGGUGACCAUGAGGUCAAGGUUGCAGACCAACUCGAAUCUGAGCUUCUAGCCGACGGUGGAGCUGAAGCGGGGUCUGAAUCUGAAGCCGCAUUAGAUGCCGAAUCUAAAGGCGAAGUGCAGCUUAAGGCCUUGCCUGUAUCUGAACCAGAAGCUAUAUCACAAGCUGGACCUUCUAGCGAAUCUGCACUUGAAGCAGAUCCUAUCAUUCCAGUCGAUACUGACGCAGCGUUGAUGGCUGAAACCUCGGAGGAAGUUCUUGGACCCACCAGUCCAGCCAAAGCCGAGGUAUCACUGGAAGGGAACCUCAUGAGCGUCGAAAAAGUUCAACCAGUUCAACCAACUCAACCCGCUGCCGAGCCCGCACUGGAGGCUGACCAUGAUAUCUCGUUUGCGUCCAGCCCCGAGUCAUUCCAUUCGCCUGAGCCUCAGUCGCCUGAUUCGGUCUCUACUCAUCCUACAUCCGUGGGAGGCCAUGAUCUGCCGGAGCCAAUGGAGAUGUUUGAUCUUUCGAGCACAAAACGCGUUAUUUCUGGAUUGGAAUCAGCCCCAGCGGGUCAGUGUGAAAGAUCACAGCUCCCAACACUCAGGAUGCUGCACACCGAUAACAUCCCAACCCCAACCAGCGCGUCCGGUCUUCCAUUGAUGCAUAAUACAAGUUCAAAUAUUCUGCCCAGGCGCUUCGCAGAUGCAUUCUCGGAUACCUCACCCUCAGUGACUCGUGCAAGCAAUGGAAACCCACCCAGUCGUUUUACCGAUGCGUCUUCGGACGCUCAAAUACGCCCGCUCUUCCAUGCCAAAACCAGUGUGUUGAAUACUGAUUUCGACCACAUGAGUGCCGAGUUCCGGCGCCGGUCAAACGCGACAAGAGAGCGUGACGUUUCUCCUAUGCCUCAUUCUUCGGCAUUGUACCAACCAUCCAGUGAUGGCUCAUCCUUCAUUUCCAAGGCUAUCACCCUAGUAUUAAUUCCCCCAGCUUAUCUUUUUGUCAUUCUCCUUCAUAUCGCUGCGCGCAUUGUCAUCAACCCAACUAUCCACCCGACCAACAGCUCCACACCGAGCAAGCCACAUUCUCGUCCCCAGCAAACAAAGAAGGAUCCAGCCAAAGAGGAUGACUUCAGCUUUCCACUGGAGCCACAGACUUCUUCGGAAUACGAAGAUGCUGAACUUUUCAAGAAACUCGAUCCUUGGGAUCUGGACUAG